CUAAUUGGGCCUUUCUCCCUCUCUUCCCGCCACUAUGGACAAGGAUAACCGCGAUGAUUUUACCUUUGCUACCCUUUCCAAUCUCAAAAUGCCCGUCACCUUUCGAAUAAACCAACUUGAGGGCAUUCGACAUCCUAGGACCUUUACCGAGCUGCUGGAUAAGCCAGAGCUGCGCUUUCACGGUGUUCAGUCUGCCACGUUGUCAGAUCUCUACGUAACCUGUCAGCUCGUCGCCGACAACAAACCCCUUACCAUUCCCUUUCGAACUGCAUUCAAGGCGUUCAAAAAUUCAUACACGUGGAACGAGUGGAUAACCCUUCCCAUUCGAUACUGUGACCUGCCACUCAACUCUCAGAUAACCUUUACCGUGUGGGAUAUCGCUGGACCGAGAACAGCUACGCCUGUUGGCGGAUCGACUUUUCGACUCUUUGGCAAGAAAUGGACUUUGCGGCGGGGCAAGCACCGUUUAUUACUCUGGCAGGGCGUAGAAGCCGACGGAUCUGCGGAAACAAGUACCCCAAGCAAAUAUGGGUCGAGGGACGAGAUGGGUAGGCUAGAAAAGCUCGUGAAGAAAUACGAGCGUGGUGACCUCCCAAAGUCAGACUGGCUCGACAAGAUGACGUUUCGAAAGAUGGAGGAAGUACACGCUGCAGAAACCCAGAAAUCCGAUAACUUGUAUCUCUACAUUGAUUUGCCUCGAUUCGAUUUUCCCGUAAUAUUCAACGAGCCAGAGCCUCCUCCCCAACCGGCGGCGUCCACAUCAUCAGCACCUCCGCCACCAACUCCUGUACCCGGUGCAUCAUCGUCAUCAGCCACCCAUGAUUCUCAUCAUCUCUGGAGUAUAAUUGAUCCUGACAUCGUUCGAGAGAACCCCGUGGAGGAUAAACACCGGCGACUCGUUCGGAGUCACCGAAGCGGCCCAUACGACCGAGAACUCAAACCGAAUGCCAAAAUUCGUGAUAAUAUCGGUGAAAUCCUGAAUUAUGCCCCUAGUCAGCCUCUCAAUUCCGAGGAGAAGGAUCUGAUAUGGAAAUUCCGCUUUUACCUUGCCCGCGACAAGAGAGGCCUUACCAAGUUUCUCAAUUCUGUGACGUGGCGCGAUCCAUCAGAGGUGAAACAAGCAGUAGAAGAACUCCUGCCCCAGUGGACAGAGAUCGACACAGACGACGCACUAGAACUGCUUGGUCCUGGCACGGUGGAUUCUCGCGUAAGAGCAUUCGCUGUCAAACAACUGAAUAGAGCAGAUGACGAUGAACUACUCUUAUAUCUACUGCAAUUGGUACAGGCCCUGAAGUUUGAAAGCGCCGCCAGCGAUGCACGGUCGUCGAGAUCUGUCUCUAGCGCAAUAUCAUACGAUGACAGUGGCCUCACAGACUUCCUCAUAUCUCGCGGCGUACAGAACCCUAUUCUUGGCAAUCGGUUAUACUGGUAUCUCAUGGUGGAGGUGGCCCUUGAAGACAAGGUGAUUUCGAAGAUGUACGGACGCGUUGUGUUCAAGUUCAUGAACAAGAUCUUAGAGUCACCCGAUGGCUCCAACCGUCGCGAAUUAAUGCGACGGCAAGGACAGCUUGUUGAAACACUGGCCAAGCGUGCCAAAGAGCUUCGUACAUCCAAGGAUCCUCGACCGAAGAAGAUUGAAAAGCUUCGUUCGAUCAUCAACGACUCAAAGAAUGGCUUGAACUCCAUACCCCCACUCCCCCUUCCUCUCAACGCUCGCAUCGAAAUCACCGGUAUUAUCGCAGAAAGGUCGUCGGUGUUCAAGUCGAAUUUGUACCCGAUGCUGCUGUAUUUCCAGUGCUCCAAUGGCUCAGAAUAUCCUGUGAUCUUCAAGGAUGGCGAUGAUAUGCGACAGGAUCAGCUUGUCAUACAGCUCUUUACGCUGAUGGAUCGGUUGUUGAGGAAGGAGAACCUGGAUUUGAAGUUGAGCCCGUAUGAUGUCCUGGCCACGGGUCCGUUGCAGGGAAUGGUGCAGUAUAUCCCUAGUAAGACUAUCGCUGCUAUUGUUAGCGAGCAUGGGAACCUUCUUAAUUAUCUUCGCGCUAAUUACCCCGACGAGGGAAGUGUCGGGACCUUAGGGGUCGAGCCGGGUGUGGUCGAUACUUUCGUGCGGAGCUGUGCUGGCUACUGUGUGGUGACCUACCUGCUCGGUGUUGGCGAUCGCCAUUUAGAUAAUCUUUUGGUCGCUCCUGAUGGGCACUUUUUCCAUGUCGACUUUGGAUACAUCUUAGGACGAGAUCCCAAACCCUUCCCACCCGCGGUCAAAGUCUGCAAAGAAAUGGUUGAUGGAAUGGGAGGCGCACAAUCACCCCACUAUGCCCGCUUCAAGAAUUUUUGCUUCACGGCGUUCUCGAUCUUGCGAAAGAACGCGAAUCUUAUACUGAACUUGGUAUCGUUGAUGGUAGAUGCUAACAUACCGGAUAUCAAGCACCGGGAUGUACACGAGCAGUUGCAGGAGAAAUUUCGGUUAGAUCUUACAGAGGAGGAGGCGAUUAAACAUUUCGAGACGUUGUUGAAUGAGACGUCGUAUAUUACGGUGGUGUUGGAUCGGAUUCAUGACUUGGCUCAGUAUUGGAGGAGCUGAUUGCUGCAUUGUUACAUAUUGUAUUUUUGGCUAAUUUGUAGAAUCCGCGGGUGUCUGAUUGUUCUUCUUCCAUAGUUCGUUUCCGGUA